AUGCAUUUGGACUCUGUUAUUGACGAUGCAUGCUCUGUCGUCUCAGAGCGGGUCAUUGAAACCAGAGGAUCUCCCGAGCCGUCGAUUACUGAGAAGCAUCGCCCCAAACGUUCGAGGAAAGCUGUUCCGCCCGUUCGAAUCGACGUCGCCGCUGCCCAAUUUCGUUAUGCAAACGAUCCUUUGCCCGCGACUGAUGUGUCCACCCCAGCAGAGGCGCCCAGGACUACGCAUGCUGAUAACCAACUGCUUGGCCUCGGCCCCUUUGGUACCCACUACACGCAGCACUUUGAUACAUUCCCACUCGAUCGUGGAGUGUUCUUCCACGAGAGUACUCUCAUAGGAAGCGGCAAGGUUGAUUCCGCAGUUGAUGAACGGUUUUCAGACAAGCUCUGGGAGUCUCGGCCUCGAGUAUCGUUCCAUUUGGGAGAACAGGUUCUUCGGUGGGACAUCUGGACUGAGCAGGUUUCGUCGGAAUUCGGCAUUUUGAUGGAUGGAAUGCUCGAUCAAGUCCUGAAGCCUGUGCCUACAUCAGAAGCUGGCUUCAACGCCAAAGAUGCAGCGCGUUUUGUUCUGGACUACGUUCUCAAGUCAAUGAGCUUCACCGACGACAAUGGCGCUCUCUCUUUUGUCACACGUCUAAGCGAUGUGACCCGAGCUUCCUUGUCUCGCCUGGAUUCCGAGUUGUCUCUAGACUCAAGUCAACGUCUAGAGCUGACGGACGUACUUUCAAACCUGCUGCUCAUCGUCUCUUCUGCAGUUCGUCUUUGCCAGAACCGUGCUUCGCUGAUCUCGGAAACUUUCACGUUGGAAAACCUCCUCAGGAAAGCUGCCGAAGCACUCGUCAGCAGCCUUCUAACGUCUGGACUGGACGAGGUCACCAAUCUUUAUGAUGACCUUCAGACGUUGAGGUAUCGUGAGCGUGGUAUACGCUCUGACAAGGUUGUUCCACACGCCUGGGUAGUCUUGAUGAGGGUCUUGGAAAGUCUUCGGAUACCGAGGAUGAAUUUCUGGGACGUCACGUUCCCUCAUCUUAUCAAGCCGGCUAUCAUUCGAGGGUCGAAUGCACAAGAAUUCGAGUGUUUAUGGAAGGACAUGUUCACCCUUUUGCCGCUAUGCGAAUUCGAUAAUCUGGGCGUUCUCAUUGCCGACAAGAGACAUCACACCCCGGUGGAAGGUUGGAACCUUCCUCAGCAAGUCUUGAAGCGCGUCUUCCAGCUCUACCGCGACAACCCCCGUCAAUCUCCAAGCUUCAAUGACUAUUGCCGCACGCUGGUGGCCAGAUGUCACUAUCUGGUGGAACAAUGGGGAUGGCAGAAAUGCAGUGGCAUCAUUGGCACAAUUUUCGACUUCUUCGGUUCUCAGAAUCUGUCUCAUUUGCGGAACGAAGAGGCAUUCCGCUCUGCUCGAUUUUUAGACAACCUCCACACUAGUCCGUCGUUGAAGGUUGAAGCAGAGGAUCGCUGCUUCCACAUUUUCCUCAAAUUGGUGGCGUUGGUCAUCAAGAAGCUGAGGAAGAAGGACAUGGUCAACGACAUUCGGAAUCUGGUGACUCGCACUCUUCCCAAUCACGACCGACAAUAUUCGAAGGAACAGGACGUUCACGCACAUGAUCUGGCUGCUCUCAGGAACCACCACGAUCUUCUUUGCACCUUGUUCUGGGCCGCGCCGCCCGAUCUUCGGCCUCCUAUUCACAACCUGCAGAAGCUCGUCAUUCCCGCUAGCUCUCACAAGGAAGCUUGUUUGAUCAGCCUGCGGGCCUGGAACCAACUCGCACGAUUCGUGGUACACGAAGAGUCCUCUCUGUCGUUCCUUCCCCUGGCCAACUGGCAGGCAGACGUGUUCAAGCAGUUGGUUGACCAGUACAAUUCCGCCGCGGCUGAUAUGCAACGACAAUUCUUGGCAAUGCCGAAGGAUGCGACAAAUAGAAUCAGCGAAAGUUUCAUGAACGCAAUCGUAGAAAAGAACAAGGCUGCUACCAUGGAGAUCAUGCUUUUCUCUGUCAAGUCGUCUAUGGACGUCGUACAAUAUGCAAACAGCUUGGAGCUGGCAAGACUUGCCUCAAGUACUGUCCAAUUGCAACACGUCUUCCAGCACUUUUCCGCCCUUCCUGCAGACUUCCCGUCGGCACUUCUGCAAGCCUCCCUGACUACCUUUGAACGACUCAUUGUACGGAUUGAGACAGUCUUCAACGAAGACGGGGACAGCCAAGACAGCAUGGUGGGCGUGGAGUCGGAAGAAGCUAUCCUAAUGCUCGAGCGUGAGCUGGCCGCUGGAUUCUUCUCCAUGUCACGUUGUGUUUUGGCCAACCAAGCCAACAAAGGCAAACCCUUGGUCAAGUCUGUUUCAAGUGCCCUCUUUGUCCGCUGUCGAAUGAUGCAAUACUCUCAAAUCUUCAAGCGCAAUCAUAGAUUUGGUCUCUUCGACAAUAUGCCUCAUAAGCUCAGCUUGGAACAACGGCCAUACCUUCCGCUCUUUCUCUCGACCGUCAUGCAGAGGCCGGGGGAUGUGAAGCUAGACGACAUGGGUAUUGAUCUCCUCCAUCUGUGGUUGCUGAUUAUUGUUCAACCAAACCACUGCUUAAGAUUUGAAAAUCAGCUUGGCCAGCAAAUGCAACGCCAGAGAUUUCCCUAUGUCCCCAAUAGGACACUAGGGUUUGUUGCCAAUCCAGGUUACAUGUCUAAUCGCGACUUCUUCGAGUACGCGAUGAAAUGGAUGCGGCAGUCCCUGCAGACAAUGAAUGCUGCCGAAAAGAAGAAAGAACUAUCCAACUUCUCAAAGGCGUUGGACAAUGCCAUGCAGCAAAUGCGAACUGAUCUUCAAGUCACGGCCAACGACUCAACAAACGAUUCGACAGAGCAUUCAACCUAUGUCAGAUUUGUUCGCAACAUCAUAUCCCUCAUCACAACCUACGGCACGGACAUCUGCAAAGUGCCCCCUUUCUUCAGGGAGGUGAGCAAGGCGUACUCUCCCCCUGCUGAGGAUCCUGAGCUGCAAGUGGCCAAAAUCCUGUCUUAUGGCCUGAAGCUGGCGGAGGGCAACACUGGAAUCGCCAGUAGCCUGUUUUAUCUCUUGCUCAAUAACUUCAAGAAAGCCCUCCAGCUGGGUAGAUUGCCACAACAAGUGCUGCUGCUGAAGACGGCUAUGCAGAGCGACGCCGUAGUAGCCUUCACCCUCAGAAUGCUUUCUGCAGUUCUGCACGCUACGAAGUCUAGCCCUGAAGCUUACGCUCUGCUGGAUGUAUUCUGCGACGCUCUAGAGCUGGAGUGGAAUGGUUCAGUCGUUGCCCGCCAAUUAAACGAUGAUGUGCUGACCGCCAUGUCUACUCUGAUCACAUCUACGCUUGACUGGGCGACUGGUUUGAGAGGCACCCCUGUCAGCGCAGAGCACAUUCACGUGCUGAGGAAAAUCAUUUGGCUAGUCAACACCCUUCAGCCAACAUUCGAGUCCUACUCCUUGAAGCAAGGUGAGGUGAAGUGGUGGGAUGAAGUCAUGGAACACCUUAAUUGGUUCAGCGUCCUCGUCAACGGAGCCGAAGAAUAUCUGGAUACUCAACUUGAGAGAUCACAGGUUCCGCCUCUAUCUCCCUCAGGCCUCUUCCGGCGUCUGAGAGAGGCUAAGAACUUCAAGAUUCAAGAUGCCAUGGUUCUUGAGUGGUCUCGAGUCAUUGUAGAUGACGUACAGAGGAACUGGGUGGUCAAGGGCCCGGUGUGGACGGUUCCAGGAAGCCCGUCCGAAGGCGGCGCAGACGACGGAAAGCCACCAGAAAAACCCGCGAGCGAGCAGGAUGACGGCAACAGCAGAGAUCAGGACGGUGUGAAAACCGAACAGCCCACAAACGAGUCGGCUUUCCGCAGAUCGAGAGGCGGCGCGUUUGCGUCUGCCCGAGCGCGCCUUUCGAGGCCGAGAGCGGCGGACGAGCUUCCGCCUGUGAAGCUGCCGCAGAGUUUCCUCGACAGCAACGUGUCGCUCUACGACCCCGAAAACCGAAUCAAUACCCUCACGAACGAUCUUUGGCACCACCGGUACAUGGGCGCCCGCUGGCACGACCUGCUAUGGAAGGACUUGGAUCUAGUGUUUAGCCAGGCUUCAUGGAGCGAAUCGAGGCUGCAGGAUGCGUUGCGCAACUUGCGCGAGGGCAAUACCGAGGCUGUUGAGAGGCGGAACAGGAUACUGGCUGAAGCAUCGCAGUGGUUGAGCCUUUCUAUUGACGAGAUGCGGUCUUCAAACAACUUGCAAAGCUCCCGAGAGCCGCUUCCCACGACAGACUUCGCCGACAUGCUUCGCUACUCUAACAAGUUUGUUUUGUCGAACCUUCUGUCGCAACACACGAGAGACACAAUAAAUAGCGAUCCCAUACAGGAGCAGACAGCGGAUCAGGAUGGUGUACUCCAGACGCUUGUCGAGCAGUAUAUCGAGGAGGGACGGCCGCUGCCAAAACGUGACGGUCUGCGAUUGUUUGAUCCUAGGAUUCGGGGUGAGAUCGUCACGGCGGUGCGCGCCGAGCUUGCGCUGCAACCAACAACGGACAUGCUGGGUAGGGAACUCAAGAGGCCUCUUACGGUCGUUCACAUCCCGAAUUACACUGGUCGAAGCCAUACGAGGAAACUCAUGAAGCAUGUUGCUUCGUGCGUAGAAGCGGACAUCAUCCAUCUUGAUGCGCAGGAGCUGGGCAUGCUCGUGGGUGACUACAUCGGCCAGGACUGCGCAUACUCCAGAGGCCCCAUCUCCAUGAUGGGAUACCGCGCGGCAGAGAUGAACGGCCGCUUGGCGAAAUCGGAGGAGCCUGCCAAGCCGAGCGAUGAAGAUGUGGCUGGAGAAAUUGAGGCUGCGUGGGUUCAUAUCAACCAACAAGAAGGAGGAAACGGUUUCAACAACCCCAUGGAGGAUGAGCUUCAGAAGAUCAAGGAGGGCGCAAAGGAUUACAUGCUUCCCUCCGUCGACCGCUGGGAGAACCUCAAGAUCAAUGCCGCCCUUGAGGAGAUCGCCAACGCGACGACAAAGACGUCUUCGCAACCGGAUCGCAACCUCAUCAUCCAUGUUGAUGACUUCGUUGAGCUCAAUAUGACUCUUGAGGGGGCUCUCAUCCUUGGCAGACUGCGUUCCAUCGUUGACACAAUGUGGCGGUCUGGCCGGAGAGUGACGCUCGUCGGCACCUCCUCCAACGAGAACCCAUCGGAGCAGUACGCCACAACACGGAAGGAUAUUGCUGCCGAGGAAUGCCUCGUUCCGCUCCCCCUGAACUUUCAGCGCAUCACCAACGCAAGCAACACGAAGAAGAUCUACGAGGCAAACGACUACCUGCAAGAAAACCUGCGCAACAUCCAACACAUGCUUCGCACCAUCGCCGGGUCCUCCCCGGACACUUCCAAGCUCCGCAUCGUCGGCGUCUCGAAGUCGCACCCACCACAAUUCCUUCUUGACGACGCAGAAGGCUCUUACAUGGAAGUCUCUCUCAUCCCCCGCGUCCUCGCCACCUCUGUGCUCCCCCUUCCGGACGUCUACCACAUCACCCGCCUCUUCUACGCCUGCCAGGGCUCCGUCUCCCCAGACCAGUCCUGGCGCGUUCUUUUCGACGUCGUGGAGUCGAGCUCCUACAGCACCGCCCAACUGCACCGCGUCCAGGACAAACCAACCCGCUCAAAACCCUCCUCUCCCUCCUCAUCAUCCGCCGAUUCCGCUCGCGCCGAGCCCGAACGUCUUCGUGUAUCCGGCAGCUACAACGACUACGAGAAGAAGCUGCUGGCAGGCCUCGUCAACUCCAAUGAGAUCAAGACAACCUUUGAUGACGUCCACGCCGACCCGGAGACCAAGUCCGCUCUCAAGCUCCUCACAUCCCUCUCCCUGAUCCGGCCUGAAGCCUUCACCUAUGGCGUUCUCGCCACCGACAGGAUCCCAGGUUGCCUUCUCUAUGGACCCCCCGGUACCGGUAAGACUCUCCUAGCAAAGGCUGUCGCCAAGGAGUCUGGCGCAAACAUGCUCGAAGUCUCGGGCGCCAGCAUCAACGACAUGUAUGUCGGCCAGUCCGAGAAAAACGUCCGCGCCCUCUUCUCCCUGGCCAAGAAGCUUUCGCCGCUGGUCAUCUUCAUCGACGAGGCCGACGCCCUGCUCGCCGCCCGCGGCCAACGCAACCGCGCCGCCCAUCGCGAGACCAUCAACCAGUUCCUCCGGGAAUGGGACGGCAUGAAUGACACAAAGGCCUUCAUCAUGGUCGCCACGAACCGCCCCUUCGACCUCGACGACGCCGUCCUCCGCCGCCUGCCCCGCAAGAUCCUCGUCGACCUCCCCCUCAAGCAGGACCGCGCCUCGAUCCUGCGCAUCCUGCUCAAGGGCGAGGACCUCGACGACUCCGUGUCCAUCGACGACGUUGCGCGCCAGACGGUCCUCUACUCCGGCUCCGACCUCAAGAACCUCUGCGUCGCCGCCGCCAUGACCGCCGUGCAGGAGGAGUCCGAGGAGGCCGCCAAGCACACCGGCCCGGAGCCCUACGUCUUCCCCCCCAAGCGCACGCUGAGGAAACAUCACUUUGACAAGGCGCUCAAGAUGAUUGCCGCCAGCGUCAGCGAGGACAUGGACAGUCUCAAGAGCAUACGGCGCUUCGACGAAAAGUACGGCGACGUGCGGUCCAAGAACAGCCAGAAGCGUAAGGGUAUGGGCUUCGGCGUCAUCCCGACGCCGAGCGAUGCGGAGGAGGCUAGGGUACGGCAAGCUGUUGCAGUGUAA